ACGAUGUUUCUCUUUCCACCCCCAGCUUUGGCAGCAUGUGAGCAACGUCUUGCCAAGAACCCAGGUCACCACUGAGAAGGGAGCCUUAGGGAGAAUAUCCAGAGGAAACCAAUGCCAGACGCAUCUGGAAUUACAGUCACCACGGCAGCAUGAGACAUUCUGUGCCAGCAUCUGUGUCCUGCUGGCAAAGACUGUAGCUCUCCAGGCAGGAGGGUCCUGGAAGCAGCAAGCACCAGGAGCCUCUAGAGAAAGAAUGGGGACAGAUAUGAACUCUCUACAAUGAACACAUUUUCAGCUUAUGAAGGAAUUUUGAGUAAAACAGUUAUUUAAUUUCCACAUAUUGAAGUUCAGUAGCCUUCUGUGUGAAGUGCCAGCAGUCUCCCCUUCACGGGAGUUAUUGGGAUUUUUCUGGCACCAAGUUGAACUCUUCUUCAUACUUCUGGCAGUGACAGAUCUUCAGGACAGAUUUAUCUGCUAAAUGCUUUUGGGCAGGAAAAAAAGUAAAACUUCUGGAAGCAGUGUAAGGGUAGCAGGGCAGAGAUCCCUCCUUCACAGCUCACUUUCACAGAAACUUGGCCCGGACUCAGAUGCUUGUAUUGGCAAUUGAUUCUGCCUCGUUCACCUCCAAGUCCAUCUGUUCUGGAGAGAUCUGGCGUUUUUGGGCUGCCUCCUGUGGCCCUUCUUACUGUCCUUCUACUCGCAAGCUUUCUAUUCAGGCAGUCAAAUGGUGUGAACUUUGGAAUGGAGUUUGUUAUCCUCUGGGGACUUGCUCCCUUUCGCGGGCUGCUGCUGUCUGAGAGGACUGUCUGAAGGCCGUGGUCUGUUCUUGGGGAGGAGGGCACUGGCCUUGCCUGGAUCCUCCAUCAUGUUCCUGUUGCUGCCUUUUGAUAGCCUGAUUGUCAACCUUCUGGGCAUCUCCUUGACCGUCCUCUUCACCCUCCUUCUCGUUUUCAUCAUAGUCCCUGCCAUUUUUGGAGUCUCCUUUGGUAUCCGCAAGCUCUACAUGAAAACUUUGUUAAAAAUCUUUGCGUGGGCUACUUUGAGAAUGGAGAGAGGAGCCAAGGAGAAGAACCAUCAGCUUUACAAGCCCUAUACCAAUGGAAUCAUUGCAAAAGAUCCCACUUCACUAGAAGAAGAGAUCAAAGAAAUUCGUCGAAGUGGUAGUAGUAAGGCUCUGGAUAAUACUCCAGAGUUUGAGCUCUCCGACAUUUUCUACUUUUGCCGGAAAGGAAUGGAGACCAUUAUGGAUGAUGAGGUGACGAAGAGGUUUUCCGCAGAGGAGCUGGAGUCCUGGAACCUGCUGAGCAGAACCAAUUACAACUUCCAGUAUAUCAGCCUCCGGCUCACUGUGUUAUGGGGGUUAGGAGUGCUGAUUCGGUAUUGCUUCCUUCUGCCACUCAGGAUAGCUCUUGCUUUCACGGGGAUUAGCCUUCUGGUGGUGGGCACAACCAUGGUGGGAUACUUGCCACAUGGGAGGUUUAAGGAGUUCCUGAGUAAACAUGUUCACUUAAUGUGCUAUCGGAUCUGCGUGCGAGCCCUGACAGCCAUCAUUACCUACCACGACAGGAAAAACAGGCCUAGAAACGGUGGCAUCUGUGUGGCCAAUCACACCUCUCCUAUUGACGUCAUCAUUUUGGCUAGUGAUGGCUAUUAUGCCAUGGUGGGUCAAGUGCACGGGGGACUCAUGGGUGUGAUUCAGAGAGCCAUGGUGAAGGCCUGCCCUCACGUCUGGUUUGAGCGUUCAGAAGUGAAGGAUCGCCACCUGGUGGCUAAAAGACUGACUGAGCACGUGCAGGAUAAAAGCAAGCUGCCCAUCCUCAUCUUCCCAGAGGGAACCUGCAUCAAUAAUACAUCGGUGAUGAUGUUCAAAAAGGGAAGUUUUGAAAUUGGAGCCACAGUUUACCCUGUUGCUAUCAAGUAUGACCCUCAGUUCGGUGAUGCCUUCUGGAACAGCAGCAAAUAUGGGAUGGUGACGUACUUGCUGAGAAUGAUGACCAGCUGGGCCAUUGUCUGCAGCGUUUGGUACCUGCCUCCCAUGACCAGAGAGACAGAUGAAGGUGCCGUCCAGUUUGCAAAUAGGGUGAAAUCUGCCAUUGCCAGGCAGGGAGGACUCGUGGACCUGCUGUGGGAUGGUGGUCUGAAGAGGGAGAAGGUGAAGGAUACAUUCAAAGAGGAGCAGCAGAAGCUGUACAGCAAGAUGAUUGUUGGGAACCAUGAGGACAGGAGCCGGUCCUGAGCCCGCACCUCUCGCUGCCUGGAGCCGCCAUGCCUGAAUCCUGACGCGGGAGCCCGCUGGAGUGUCGCCGCCGCCCCCACCGCUGCAUCCUUUCCAGGCGCCAGGGCUCUUCGGGCUGCUCUGGAUCCCAGGACUCCAGCUUCUUCAGAGCUGCCCCGGGGUCCCUGGGCUUGCCAUCUGAAGUGAACCAUGCUGGGUGUUGCUGCCCAGGACGAGAUGCCUUCUUGUUUCUUUCACAAUAAGUCCAUUGGUGGAAUGCCAUUCAAGUCAGCUCUCCACCUGUG